AUGGAGAAUGAACUGUUCCAGAAGAUCCCAAGCUUGCAAGUGAUUAUCUGUCGCCAAUGCAAGCAUGGCGUACGACCGGCAGAGGUCGAGCGACAUCUGAAGCGGAAACAUCAGUUCAAGCAUCAAUCCGCCCACCAGUUGGCUCAGGCAGUCCAACAGUGGGAGGAUAUUGAACAGGACAGUGCGGCCAUCCAGAUCCCACCAGUAGUCGACAACCCACUGCCCAUUUUACCGUGUGAGCCCAGUGGCUUGUUAUGCCAACGACAGGACCCCCCGUGCCAUUAUGUGGCAUCCAGCAUGGACACCAUGCGAAAGCACUGGCGCCAGGUCCAUCAAUGGUCCCAACAGACCCGCCGUGGCCGGGUUGGCCAGAGAGAGCGCACACAAGGGGCCGCUGAGCUCCGGCGUUCAUUCACCACCGUAGCAUGGCAGCAGAUCUUCCCAUCGGGCCCGGGGUCCCAUUACAUCCAUAUCCGCUUCCCAGAGGGCCACCCACCACCACCACUGCCCCCCGCGGACCAGGCCCAACGGGCCGUCGAUGCCAUCAUCACCGCAUGGGAUCAGGCUCGAACGGCCCAGGAACAACAGGCCGUCAUCCAGGCCGAUCGGAUCACCGAUGCUAACCCGUGGCUCCGCCGGACCGGGUGGGCACGAUACCUGGAAGGUGUGCACCCCCAGGACCUGCUCCGGCUGGUGGAAGCGCCCCCGAGGAGCCCCGGAUCCCAUUGA